CCGUCGGUCGGUCGGUCGGACGUUAACAGCGCCCCGCAGUCUAUGAUCAGUCGUCGUCAGCCAUGUUGUUGGUGUGACACACUGAGCUGUCAGCAACAGGUUCUCUGAGUGCUAACGCCAACCAAACUGAACAUUUUCCCCGACAACUGGGGCUCUCUUUGGAUACUAAACUUCACGGUGUGUCCGGGAAAGCGUCCAGAAGUGGCGGAGGAUCAUUUCAGGCCCUUCGAAAGCUCGGAAGUUGGUGUUUUUUUGACCGUAGUGAAAGAGAUGGCUGCGAGCAGUAGCUGAGGACGCCACUGGGAGUUCCCCUCUUGCAAAUAUGAAUGGUGGUAAAAGUGUUUGGGCAAUCUCCCCAGAGGAGAGGAACAAACAUGAUCAGAAGUUUGACACCCUCUCCCCAUCAAUGGGCUUUGUCUCAGGGGAACAGACAAGGAAGUUUUUCCUUCAGUCUGGGCUUCCUUCCAAUGUAUUGGCAGAUAUAUGGGCUUUGGCUGACAUGAAUAAAGAUGGAAAGAUGGACAGGUUGGAGUUUUCCAUCGCUAUGAAGCUCAUAAAGCUAAAACUCCAGGGCACAGCGCUUCCCUCAGCACUGCCAAUCAUCAUGAAGCAGCCUCCAGUGCCUGCUCCCAGCCUUAAUAACCCCACCUCAACCAUGACCAGCUCAGCCUAUGGUUUUGGUUCUGUGCCUAACUUGUCCAUGAUCCCUGGAACAAACCUUUCCAUGUUGACUCCCAUCUCCAUGACAACUCCUGGACUCACACCUUUGGCACCAGUGACAGGCCUCACCCCUUUGGUUCCUACAGCAACAGGUCUGAACCCACUAAUAGCAUCCACCCCCACCAGGCCCCUGAUGCCCACCAUGGGAAACGCCACGUUGCCAAACGGCACCAUGGGAAUGCUCCAUCCAAUCCCAGCUGGAGCUUUGACUACAGGCCUACCUCUGUCUGCAAGCCCCUACUCCUCUCCACUGGGACUCUCCUCUCCUGCUGGUAUGAACAAGGCCUCGUCACUCCUGGACCUGGGGUCUGGCAGCUCUGCUUCCUCAUCCCCGUCUAUGAUGUCCCCCAUGGCUGCUGCUCCCAGUGACUGGGCCGUGCCUCAUGCCUCCAGACUUAAAUACAGACAGCAGUUCAACAGCUUGGACAAACAGAUGACUGGCUACCUCACUGGUCAGCAGGUGAGGGGUGCCAUGGCAACCACGAUGCUGACACAGACACAGCUGGCCUCCAUCUGGACUUUAGCUGAUGUGGAUAAGGAUGGCAAACUAAAAGCAGAGGAGUUUAUUCUGGCCAUGCAUCUUGUGGACAUGGCAAAGAACGCACAACCACUGCCACUAACACUGCCAACUGAGCUGGUACCACCCUCACAAAGGGGUGCCAUGAAUGGAUCCAGCUCUUCUCCUUAUGCAGCUCUGACUGAGGACUUGGACAUAGAACCUCCACAGAAAGCCAAAACCAACAUGUCGUUCGAGGAUAAAUUCAAAGCCAACCUGGAGCGAGGGAAUGCAGAACUGGAGAAAAGACGACUGGCGCUGCUGGAGGCUGAGAGGAGGGAGCAGGAGCGACAAGCUCAGAAGGAGAGAGUGGAGCGAGAGAGGAGAGAGAAGGAGGCUCGGGAGGCUGAGGAGAGGAGGAGGAAAGAGGAGGAGAGGAGGUUGGAGCGCCAGAGAGAGCUGGAGAGACAGAAAGAAGAGGAGCGGCAGAGAGAGAUAGAAAGAAAAGAGGCUGCUCAGCGGGAGCUGGAGCGUCAGAGGAAAGAGGAGUGGGAGAGAAGGAGGCGAGGAGAGCUCCAGAUAAAGAAGGAACAGGAGCAGGAUGAAAUCAUCAAACUGAAGGCUAAGAAGAGGAGUCUGGAGAUGGAGCUGGAGGCCGUGGGCAAUAAGCACCGUCAGAUCUCAGAUCGACUGUGUGACAUACAAAACAACAAGAAACUUCAGAAGACAGAGAUCGAUCUAAACAAUCAAAGGAAAGAGACACGUCAACAGGACAUUAACAACCUGCAGAAACAGUUAGAGGAGUUCCAGAGGAAACUGUCCCAUCUGACUCCGGAGCAGAGGAGACUGAGUGAAAAGCUGAGGAACAUGGGUCUAAAUAACCCACCUGUUUCGACUAUGUCCACGCUGAAGAUGAGUGUCACAGAGAAGAAUGGGAAAUGUGUGAAACUGCGAGACCAGCUGGAAGCUCUGGAGAAAGAGACUGCUGCCAAACUAGCUGAGAUGGACCAAUACAACAACAAUAUGCAGGAACUGCGGGAGAGCCAGAGACAGCAGCAGGCAGCACUGGAGAAACUGCGAAGCAUCAAAGAAGACAAACGACAUGAGCUGAUUCGACGGAAAGAGCAAGAAGAGGACAGGAGGAGGGAAGAGGAGAGGAAACGACAGGAGGAGGAAAGGAGGCAGAAGGAAGAGGAAAGGAGGCGGAAGGAGGAGGAAGAAGCUCAGAGGCUCAUAAAGCUGGAGAAGGAGCGUCAAUGGCAGGAGAAGCUCAAGAGGGAUGAAGAGGAGCGGCAGAGGAGGCUUCAGGAGGAAAGGGAGGCCAAACAGAGGGAGGAAGAGGAGAAAGAGAGGCAGGCUAUCAUCAGGGCUGCCAAGGAACAGGCCGAACGAGAGCUCAGAAUAAAGGAGGAGGCAGAGCGGAAGAAAAGAAUGGAGGAGGACAGAAAGAAAAGAGAAGAGGACGAGCGUCGGAGGCAAGCAGAAAGACGGAGACAGGAAGAGGAGCGGAGAAAGCUGGAGGAGGAGAGAAGGCAGUUAGAGGAAGAGAGGAGGAAACUGGAGGAAGAGAGGAGGCAAGGGGAGAAGAGAAGGAAAGAAGAAGAGGAACAACGCAAGAGGGAGGAAGAGAGGAAGAGGUUAGAGGAGGAGAGGAGGGAGGAGGAGCGCAGGAGGGAGAGAGAAGAGGAGGAAAGGAGGAGACAGAGGGCAGCUGUAGCAGCUGCCCGAGAUUUGGAGGAGAGAAGAAAGCGAGAGGAGGAGGAGAGAAAGAAGAGAGAGGAGGAAGACAGGAGAAGGCAGGAUGAAGAGAGGAGAAGACUUCAUCAGCAGGAGGAAGAGAGGAGGAGGCGUGAGGAGGAGAGGAAAAGGGCAGAAGAGGAGAGGAAAAGGAAGGAGGAGGAAGAGGAGAGGAGGAAAGCUGAGGAGGAGCGAAAGAGGAAGGAGGAGACACCUCGUCAGCAGCAGCCGAAUGGAGGAGGGAAGGUGGAUAUUCAGGAGAAACUGACGGCUCUGCUGAGAGGACUGGAGGAGAGGAAGGGUGGGCAGCCAAGGGCCAGACAACACAGAAAGUCAGCAGCUCUCACAUCCUUCAAAGCCCUCUAUCCGUUCACUGCACGAAACAACGAAGAGCUCAGCUUCAAUGCAGAGGAUAUCAUUGAGGUUGAUGAGACGACAGAGCGAGAGGAGGGUUGGCUGUACGGCAGCAGACAGGGGAAGAUGGGCUGGUUCCCAGAGAGCUACGUAGAGAGAGUGGCUCCUUCAGUUGCAGCUAAUAACACUGCUGCUGCUUCUCCUAAAGUGCCGCUCCAGUCACAGCUCUCCAAUGCCCUUGAGGCUGCGAAGACAGCAGGGACGAAGUCUGCCUUCACACCAACGCACUCACCAAACCCUGCACCCUCUGAGACACAAGGACAGCAGGUGGUCGGUAACCUUUUGGCCCAGGCUCUGUGUUCCUGGACAGCAAAGACAGACAACCAUCUGAACUUCAAUAAGGACGAUGUCAUCCAGGUGCUGGAGCAGCAGGAGAACUGGUGGCUGGGAGAGCUGAAUGGUGAACAGGGCUGGUUCCCCAAGACAUAUGUGACACUGCUGGGUGAAGAAGAGAGUUCAAACAUGAAGAGCUCCCCUCCUGAUGCUCCAGACUCCAGUGACAGCCUGCAGUUUGAAGAAUAUGUGGCGUUGUACACCUAUGAGUCUCCGGAGCAUGGUGAUCUGACGUUCAGUGAGGGAGAUGUGAUUUUGGUGAGCAAGAGGGAGGGAGAGUGGUGGUACGGCUCGAUCGGCGACCGCACAGGCGUCUUCCCCAGCAACUAUGUCAAACCUAAAGAGGCGGAUACAUCGAGCAUAUCUGGAAAGAAAAAGCCAGAGAUCGCUCAGGUGAUCAGGGCACACACCUCUGCCGGCUCUGAGCAGCUAAAUCUGGAAAAUGGUCAGCUCAUCGUCAUCCUCGGCAAGACCGCCUCAGGCUGGUGGCUUGGAGAACUGCAGGCACGGGGCAAAAAACGUCAAAAGGGCUGGUUCCCUUCCAGUAAUGUUAAAAUACUGGGGUCCAACAGUGGAAAGUCCACACCAGCACACCAACCAGUCUGUCAGGUGAUCGCCAUAUACGACUACACGGCCGCCAAUCAGGACGAGAUGAGCUUCACUAAAGGGCAGCUCAUCAACGUUCUAGACAAGAACAACCCUGACUGGUGGAAAGGAGAGAUCAACGGGGUCACUGGCCUGUUUCCCACCAAUUACGUUAAGAUGACCACAGCGGACUGUGACCCCAGCCAGCAGUGGUGUGCAGACCUGAACAGCCUGGACUCACUGAGCCCUCAGGAGAAGAAGAGGCAGGGUUACAUCCAUGAGCUUUUACAGACCGAGGAAAGAUAUGUGGAUGACUUGCAGAUAGUGCUGGAGGUUUUCCACAAGCCUAUGUCCGAGUCAGGACGACUGAACGACUCCGAGAUGAGCAUGAUCUUUGUCAACUGGAAAGAACUGCUGGCCUGCAACACCAAACUUGUCAAGGCGCUCCGUGUUCGUAAGAAGACAGGUGGGGAGAACAUGCCGGUGCAGAUGAUCGGCGAUAUCCUGGCCGCCGAGCUGUCCCACAUGCAGCCAUAUAUCCGCUUCUGCUCCUGCCAGAUCAACGGUGCCACACUGCUCCAAACUCGUACCGACAGCGAGCCGGACUUCAAGGACUUCCUCAAGAAAAUCGCCACAGACUACAGGUGUAAAGGCAUGCCGCUGUCCAGCUUCCUGCUGAAGCCCAUGCAGAGGAUCACACGCUACCCACUGCACAUUAAAAAUAUCCUGGAGUGCACUGCAGAGGGCCACGCUGACCGAGGUCCUCUGAAAGAGGCUCUGGAGAGAGCAGAAGAACUCUGUCAGCAGGUAAAUGAAGGUGUGAGAGAGAAGGAGAACUCCGACAGACUGGAAUGGAUUCAGAACCACGUACAGUGUGAUGGUGCUGCCGAGUAUUUAGUCUUUAACUCACUUACCAACUGCUUGGGCCCCAGGAAGCUGCUCCACAGUGGGAAGAUGUUCAAGGCAAAGAGCAACAAGGAACUUUGGGCUUUCCUCUUUAAUGACUUUUUGCUUCUAACUCACGCGUCGAAACAAUUCACUUCGUCUGGGCCUGAUAAGCUGUUCACCAACAGGAACAAUGUGCAGCUGAAGAUGUACAAACCGCCUGUGCUGCUCAAUGAAGUUCUGGUGAAGCUGCCAGAUCCUUCCAGUGACGAACCCACCUUCCACAUCUCACACAUCGAUAGAGUCUACAUACUCAAGACGGACAACAUCAAUGAACGGACGGCAUGGGUUCAGAAGAUCAAGGCUGCAUCUGAGGAGUUUAUUGAGACUGAAAAAAAAAGGGAAAAAGCUUAUCAAGCACGCUCUGUCAAGACCAGUGGAAUCGGCCGACUGCUUGUUACUAUUUUAGAAGCCACUGAACUCAAGGCGGCAAAACCCAACGGUAAAAGCAACCCUUAUUGUGAAGUGACCAUGGGAGCUCAGAUCUUCACAUCCCGAACGAUCAACGACACUCUGAACCCCAAGUGGAACUUCACCUGUCAGUUCCACAUCAAAGAUCUCUACCAGGACGUUCUCUGCAUCACCAUCUUUGAAAGAGACCAGUUUUCACCUGACGACUUCCUGGGUCGAACUGAGGUUCCCGUGGCAACCAUAAAGAAGGAGUUGGAGAACAAGGGGCCGGUAACACGUCGUCUUCUGCUGCACGAGGUUCCAACAGGGGAAGUAUGGGUCCGCCUCGACCUGCAGCUCUUUGGCAACAAAUAGGACAUGAAACAAACUGAACUAAGAGACUGCUUCGUCUACAGAGACAUCCAGAAAAUAACAAUUAACCAAAUAGGAAAAGCUGCUUGUUUUCACAUUAAGUCAUAAGAAUGGUUGCUCCUACUCGCCUAAAAUAGACUCUAAGGAGGGACUCGUACUUAAAGAAACACCCCUGAACUGUUUCACACGUCAGGCCUUAAUAAAUUUCAUAUUAACCAGCACUAAUAAUACCUCUUCUGAUGUCAUCUAAAUCCUCCAGUAGGGAUCAUAGGACCUGUGUGACAUCACCUAAAGCUACCAAUAGGACUAGAGCUCUUUAAUGUUUUAUUUUUUCACCGUGACAUCACAUGGAAAGGGAAGCGUGAGCAGUGUAGCACCUGCACAAUAUUUACACUCUGAUGGAGUUGCAAGAAAAGAGCACGGCCUGCCUUCAGUGGAGACUCAGUGUGUUGCAAAGCUCAACCUGGCUCCUCUGUAAUGAUGCUACAACUGCACAAAGGCUGACUAGAAGCAAAUAAUUCUAGUACUAUUAAAGCAAUAAGACUUCAUGUGCUCUUUUCUAGACCCUCACAGCUCCGUUACAACAGUCAGUUUUUAAGUAUUCACAUUUUGCCAAGUCUGCUCAACCGACGCGUUUAAUGAGCCGACGCUGAAGUAACAAGUGUUUUAUGGUAACUGUCAAGAUAUUUAUAUGUUAAAUACAGUUUUUUUUUUUCUGACGAGAUCACAACUGAUGGGAUUUGAGAGACUCUGGAUCUGAUUGUUGUCCGCCUCUGAUCAUAAGCUGUCUGACCUCGGUGUUGUCUUCCCUCUGAGACAUUAAGGGCGUCAGAAACAGCAACAUGAAACGCAUCAAGAAGUCUGAAGUCAGUUUACUACUGUAGACAAGAUCUCAGGAUAUGUCGUUCUGGGUCGAGUCUGUGUCACUGUAACAAUACUGAACGUUUAUUUUCUUGAGCUUUAUUGGUGUGUGUGUGUGUGUGAGAGUGCAUAAGUCUGGAGUGUGGAAGAGUUUAAAGAAACAUACAGAUAUCCUAAGGCUUUUGACGCUGCAACUUUGGGAGUUAACUUACAACUUCUGGCCUUAAUGCAAGUCUGAAGACUUUUAUAAUGUCUCAGCUUCUAAAAUCUUUUGGUUUCAUUGGGAUGAAGUCUUCUUUGCUUUUUCUUUAGUGUGAAAAAUCAAGCAAGGCCAAGUAAUUUCAAAUUAAUUAAGGUAAAAAUCAUUUUAAAAAGCUGUUUUGAUGAACGUUUCUUUCUACACAUCUGUCUCUCUCCAGCUGCUCUCCAGCUUUUGGUGCAGAGGACUUUGAGGAUGUCAGCUUUUUGAGGUAUCACAGAUUGGCAAUUUGUUGGAAAUAAUAAACUUUUUUUUCCACAUUUUCAUUUGUUAUAUUUUACCCUGACAGAUAUGGUUUAAGCGUUGUGUUACACCAAUAUUGUUCAUCUCUGUUGCCUCAAAAAGUCGCUCUGUAUCGGCAUGAAAAUGAUAAAAGCAUAUAGGGUGUAAAAGCUGUACAUUUGUGUUGUAGUUUGACUUUCUGGUGUCUUCUGCCUUGUUUUUACUCUUUUGUCCUUUGUGUCCCGUUUUGUUUUCUAACUCUGAGCGCCUGCUGGUGCUCUGGAUAUACCGAAUGAGAAAGGUUGUAUUUAUUUCUUAAUUUAUGCGUGUGACUAUCCAAAGGAUCGGAGCGCCUUUGCUGUGUCAUCCUGGAUAAUCAGUUGGUGUUCACUGGGUUUGUUUUGAACAUGUUGAUACUGUUUUGAAAGCUGGUUCGAUAUCUUAGAUCCUGAGGGCGAUUGAGUUUUACUGUUAGUAGACUAGGUCACUAGUCGUUUUCUUAGGCCUGCUGUUUUGUGUUUUUGUCUUAUUCAAUCAGCAACAGUUUGUUUUUAAGUCUUAUAUUAACUCUCAUGUUUUGUUUUGGUUUUUUUUAAUUUGUGGAAAAUGUGCAAAGAGACUGGACUACCUUCCUUGUCUUCUGUUUUUAUUUUUUAUCCUCUGCAGCCUUCUGCAUGGACAGCUGCUGUGCUAACUGAGUUUAUGGCCUCUUUAACCCAGACUGUCUGUUCGCAGCUGAUCAGCCUGGAGUCUGUAACCUGCUGUUUGUACUCACUUUGGCCUCUACGUGGCACUCUCUGAAUCAGGGUUUCUUAAGACAAAUUAAAGAUAAUAAAAGUGAACAAACUGUCAAA